AUGUCUGGACGAGGAAAAGGAGGAAAAGUAAAGGGAAAGAGCAAGACCCGAUCAUCCCGGGCUGGAUUACAGUUCCCUGUCGGUCGUAUCCACCGUCUGUUGAGAAAGGGAAACUAUGCCGAGCGAGUCGGAGCUGGUGCCCCAGUCUACUUAGCCGCUGUUUUGGAAUAUUUGGCUGCUGAAGUUCUCGAGUUGGCUGGUAACGCUGCCCGUGACAACAAGAAAUCCAGAAUCAUUCCAAGACAUUUACAGUUGGCUAUCCGAAAUGACGAGGAAUUGAACAGCUGUUGUCCGGAGUAA